CAGACGCGGUGCAGAAGCAGGUUGGUAUGCACCUUGAUGUUCUGCGGUAGUGCACACUGUUUAGGACAAACUGUAAUUUCACCGUCUUGCUUGUGUUCUCACGCAUCUGCUUUCGUAUUACAUUGAAGAUCAGAUCAUCUUUGUGAGGCUCUGCAGCGUCAACUAAAAUUGAAAAUGAGCAACAAGGUAAACUAUCUGCCACCUGCAGAUGCACCCCAAGGGCAUUUCUGAUCCACAGCCCCAUGGGCACUACUACAAUUAACACUGUGGCAUACAGCAGGUCAGCCACCAGGGAGAGACUCGUCAAGACCUGGUGACAGACGGAGUCUACAUCACGAUGGCUCCCUCUGGGACGUGCUAGGUCUCGACGGGUUCUCUGGGAAGGACUAAUUAUGGUUGAUGCUAUCACCAACAAUGCCGAAGAUCCAAGCCAACCUCAUGCAAAUGUAGACCCUGAAAUUCAGGACAGUGCAAGAGAAGACAGAAAUGAACUUCCCCCAGGGGCCAAGGAUGUUGAACUUAAAAGCAAAAAACAAGAGGCAAAAAGGCCUAGUACUACUCCAGAACCAACCAAACAGCCCUCUCCAGCUGCUGUUAAAGCAACUGAAGAUGCUGUCAUCAAGGAGGCCAGAGACUCAACAGGUGAAGAUCCAAACCCGCUUCAUGCAGAUAUAGACACUGGAGUUCAAGAUAGUACAAGAGAAGACAAAAACAAACCUCCUGCAGUCCCCUGGGAUUUAAAACUUCAAAGCAAAACUACAGAGACAAGUAAGCCCACUAUUCCAGAAGAGACUAGUCAGCCCUCCCCAGCUGCUGCAACACUUGAAGAUGCGACUAACGAGGCUACUGAUGAGGCUACUAACGACGACACUGUAUUUCACAACCUUACAAGAGCAGAUGGAAACCAUCCCCCAGCCCCCAAGAAUGUUGAACAUGAAAGCAAAACUAAAGAGAAAAAUAGGACUACUGCUCCAGAGAUAACCAACCAGCCCCGCCCAGCUGCAGCACAAACACCUGCAGAUGCUGUUAACGAUGCUGACGAACGUCCUCCAGGUCCCAAAAACUCUGUGAAUACAAGGCAACCUAAACAGGAAACUAAACUUUUCUUUCUGUUGCAGCAGGACUAUCAAACAAGGUCGACGAUGGACAAAUUCUUCACUGUAGUGACUGGGAAUACUCUGGGGUCUCAUGAGGAAUUAAUUCAUCGUCUCGCUGCCAAAAGACACUUAACUGAAGUGACGUCACUAGAGGAGAGUGAUGUCAUCCUGGCAUUCUGUCCCAUUGUCUCUCGUGCUGGGACUGAUGUUGAAGCAGCACUGCAGCAGAUUCCAGCUGGUAAACCAGCCAUUCUGGUAGUGCUGCAUCACACCUUCAACUCAGACUACACUGUACCUGACAGUAGCAGACUAGUGACCAGAGAGGAUGUAAUACUCACAGUGGACUGUCUCUUCCAUGAGAGCAAAGGACUACUGGAGUGUCCUCGCAAUAAAGAAGCAAUUAGAAAGAUUCUGGACAGGCCAGAAAUACAGCCAAAGAACAAAGAUCAGUGGGCCAGACUGAGGAAGAUUCUCUGGAUCUGCGGUGUUAUUGGUGUAGGCUGGGGCAUUUACACUUCUUAUAGAAGGAUUAGAGAAAUAUCCUUAACUUUUUGCAAUAAAACGUUUCCAAUUUAUACAUAAAUCUACGUUAAUUAAACAGCUGUAGGGGGAGUGCCAGUUGUAUUUCACAUCAGAUAUCAAUUUUCCAAUGUGAUAACCUUGAAAAAAUUAAAGGAACAUAGAGGACCA